AUGGAUUUCAGGGAAAAGACCGUCCUAUACAACGUAAAUGGCAUGGAGAAACACCUAUGUUUCACACGUGUGCCGUUCGGAGCGGAGGCUAGCCCCUUUGUAUUAGGUGCAACAUUGCAACAAAACCUUGGAAACCAACCCCCUGAAUAUCAAGAUACUGUCGAUGCGUUGAAGAAAAAUACCUAUGUGGACAAUUUAAUGUACGGUGGCGAGGAUCUGAGUAGCUUGGUGAAAUUCAAAGACGAAAGCAGCAGGAUCCUGGAAAGUGGUAAAUUUCCCGUCCACAAAUGGGAAAGUAAUGUCGAGUCCUUAGAAAGCAAUGACAUGCCAAACCCUACUAAAUUCUUGGGACAUAUGUGGGACAAACGGGAGGAAACCCUCGAGAUAACAGUUCCUGAUUACCCAGAAGAUGAACCAGUGACCAAGCGAAGCAUCCUUAGUCAUUUAGGAUGCAUAUAUGAUCCACUUGGGAUAAUCUCUCCGACCCUAGCUGAGGGGAAACAAAUCUAUCGCAAUGUCCAAAGUGUUCAAUGA